AGUUUAAUUUUGUUUGUUAAUUACGUGAUAAGAUGUGGAUAUAUCUUGUGAUAAUUUUAAGUGCUCUUCUUUUGCAUUUUUUGUGGGUUAGAAAGGAUCAAUACAGGCUAGGAUGGCAGAUGCCAGGCCCCUCACUGUGGUACAUGAUUAAAACUAUUUGCCAUACUCUACUAAAUACAUCAGAAGGAGUACCCAAAGUUGGAAUGUUGGAAUCUAUAAAGCUUGUUAAGGAUCACAUUUCUAAAGUUCCUUGUAGAUUUUGGUUCUUCACAGAUCUAUAUGUAUUUGUGAUUGAUCCAGAGGAUAUUCAGACAAUUUUAAACUCUCCAAAUUGUUUUGAUCGUGGACUGAUGUACGAGUUUGGUGACUUUUUUGCUAAAAAUGGAAUCGGAAUUGGCAAAAUGCACAAGUGGAAGCAAAGUCGCAAAACGUUAAAUCCCGUCUUCAGUACUAAAGCUUGUCAGGGUUAUCUUACGAUAUUCAAUGAAGAAAUUAAUGUGAUGGUCUCACGUAUGAAGGACAUCUGCAGGAAUCACAAACCAGUAGAUAUUCAAUACUACAUCAGUGCUUUAGUAUUUAGUUCAGUUUAUCGAACUAUGAUGGGGAAGAAAAUGUAUUUUCAGAUGGAUGAAAAUUAUGACCUCGGAGAGCACAUAGAUAAAAUCUUAUUUGGAAUAGGUGAAAGAGUAUGUAAUCCGUUUCUACAUAAUUCAGCAUUAUAUCGAUUGACAUCUCUCUACAGAGCCGAACAAAAAAGUUCUAAUAUCGUCUUUGGAAUGGCUAAAAAGAUAAUAGAUGAGGCGAAAGCUAAAUGGUUGGAAAAUCGCGAAGAACUAAAGAAUCAAGGAGUUAAUGCUGCUUCAAAAAAAUUUCCAAUUUUCGUUGAUCAAAUUUUUGGUAACAAUUUAAAAGAAAACGAAAUAGACGAUAAAGAUGUUUUCGAUAACAUCUACACAAUGCUUGCUGCUGGAUAUGAAACCUCAACAGUUACAUCUUUAUUUUGUAUCCUGGCAAUGGCAAUGUUUCCUGAAUACCAGGAAAGGAUUUUUGAGGAAAUUAAAACAACAUUACCGAAUCUGCAAGACUAUGUUGAGUAUGAGGAUUUAAACAAAUGCGAAUUUUUAGACAGAUUUAUCAAGGAAACUCUUCGACUAUUUCCUUCAUUACCUCUAAUAGUCAGGAGUGUUGAGAAAGCUACUAAAAUUGGACAAUAUACCAUCCCGGCUGGUACACAAUUGAUCAUACCCUUAAUAUUUCUGCACAGGGAGAAAAGUUUCUGGGGCCCAACUGCCGACGAUUUCGAUCCAGAUCGUUUUCUCCCUGAAAAUAUAGAAAAAGUCAAUCCUCUUGCUUAUUUACCAUUCGCCGGCGGUCCGAAGAUUUGCAUUGGAAUAAAAUAUGCAAAUACGUUCCUUAAAACAUUCCUCAUUAACAUGGUUAAAAAUUUUAAAUUCCGCACAGAUGUGAAAAUUCAAGAUCUUAAAUUUAAAGCAAAUCUGUCAUUAAAACUUACAGCGAAACACCUGAUUUACGUUGAGAAGCGAAUGAAUUAAGUUUUUGAGAAAAACCUUAAGAAUCUGAAGCAAGGUAAUUCAGAAAAGACGUAAAACAUUUUAUAUUAUCAUUUUCUUUAGUUUUAUUAUUCCUUUUUAUUUUUAUGACUAAUACCAAUUAAAAUGUAAAUUAAGUCUGUGAACUUGUGGUGAAAAUAAAAUAAGUAACGUCACUCGAAUAUUAUUUAAUUUAUUUUAUUAAUUGUGAAAAAGGAUUCAUAAAUCAUUCAAAAGUAUGAAAAAAAUAAUAAAGAAAAAAGUUUUAAAAUAAUUUAAUAA